GUGGCCACGCCCCUCUCCGCGGGCCCGCCCCCAGCCGCGCUAGCGCCGGGCCGGGCCGCGGGAGCGGAGCUGGGCGCUGCGCCGCCGCGGGAGCAAUGAUUAACCGGGUCGGAGGCGCGGGGCGCGGCCCGGGGCGGGGGCGCGGGGCCGGGGCGGGACCCCGAGAGGCCGCUGGGCUCCUAGUCGCCGCCCUGGCUUCCUGGUAGCGGGCGCAGCGCCGGAGGGCCGCGUGGGCGCCGGGUCAGCAUGAGGACUCUCCGCAGGUUGAAGUUCAUGAGUUCGCCCAGCCUCAGUGACCUGGGCAAGAGGGAGCCGGCCGCGGACGAGCGGGGCACGCAGCAGCGCCGGGCCUGCGCCAACGCCACCUGGAACAGCAUCCACAGCGGGGUGAUCGCCGUCUUCCAGCGCAAGGGCCUGCGGGACCAGGAGCUCUUCAGCCUCAACGAGGGCGUCCGGCAGCUGCUGAAGACGGAGCUGGGGUCCUUCUUCACCGAGUACCUGCAGAACCAGCUGCUGACCAAAGGCAUGGUGAUCCUACGAGACAAGAUCUGCUUCUACGAGGGACAGAAGCUGCUGGACUCGCUGGCAGAGACCUGGGACUUCUUCUUCAGUGACGUGCUGCCCACGCUGCAGGCCAUCUUCUACCCUGUGCAGGGCAAGGAGCCGUCGGUGCGCCAGCUGGCGCUGCUGCACUUCCGGGACGCCAUCGCCCUCAGCGUGCGGCUGGAGGACGCCCUGGCCCGCGCCCGCGCCCGCGUGCCCCCCGCCAUCGUGCAGAUGCUGCUCGUGCUGCAGGGGGUGCACGAGUCCCGGGGCGUGACCGAGGACUACCUGCGCCUGGAGGCGCUCCUCCAGAAGGUGGUGUCGCCCUACCUGGGCACCUACGGCCUCUACUCCAGCGAGGACGCCUUCGCCCACUCCUGCAUCCUGGAGAAGCGCCUGGUGCGCCGCUCCCGCUCGGGGGACGCCCUGGCCAAGAACCCCGUGGUGCGCUCCAAGAGCUACAACACCCCACUGCUGAACCCCGUGGCGGAGCACGAGGCGGAGGGCGCGGCGCCCGGGGGCGGCGGCAGCGUGCGCAGGCACUCCGUCUCCGAGAUGACCUCCUGCCCCGAGCCCCAGGGCUUCGGCGACGGGGCGCCCGGCCCGGGCCCCGGCCCCGCGGGGCCCUUCCGCGCCUCCCCGCCGACGCCCCACGCGGGGCCCUGCCCCGGCAGACUCUACCCCCCGGCCCAGCCGCCCGAGCUGGCCGCGGCCCGCCGCUCCCCCCCCACCUCCAGCCCCGAGACUCUGGUGGACCGCAUCCUGGAGUCGGCGGACUCGGAUUCCGAAGGGAUCGUCAUCGACUUUGGCCGGGGGGGCAGCUCGGGGACGUCUGACUUCGAGGGGGCUGGCGACCGGCAGAGCGUGGUGUGAGGCUGCCGGAAGAGCCGCCCGCUGCCCCGGCACUCGGGCUGUGCCAUCGGACUGGGGUCCUGCCCUUCACCCACCUGCCCCGGCCCUCAGCGUCCACGCCCACCCAGGAAAAUGUGAAUCGGGUGGAUUCCCCCACACCAGCCGGGCUCCACCCAAAGGGACAGGGUGCUCACAGCCAGGCCCGGGCGGCCUGCACGGGGGCCAGGGUGGGGGCAGGGAAGGAAGGGGCCUAUGGCCCCCUGGAGUCCUGCUGGCAUCUUGGCCCUCAGAGAUCUUAGUUGGGGGCUCCCCUCUUGCAGAGGCACACCCCAGCACCACCCACCCUUUGUCCCGGCCCAGCUUGCUUUCCGGUCCAGUUUCUCUGUCCCAUCCCGGUGGAAGGCUCGAAGGAGAGUUGGAGGGUCAGUGGGGUGUGGAU